AUGAUUACUUUACUAUUACUAAUACCUAUUAUAGGUUCUCUUAUUUUACUGUUUAUACCUGAAACUUCAACUUCUGUUGCUAUACAACAAGCAGGAGGAGCCGGUGCUAGUGGAAGUGUUAUAGGAGGGAAUCAAAUAAAAAUGAAAAAAAUAGCUUUAAUAACAUCUCUUCUUAAUUUAUUCGUAUCUCUAUUUAUUUGGUUCCAAUUUGAUUCUAAUCAAACUCAAUAUCAAUUUGUAUCUGAAUUUAAUCAAUUAAAUUUUUGUCAUUUAAAUUUUGGUAUUGAUGGAAUAUCUUUAUAUUUUGUAUUAUUAACAACUUUUGUUACACCUGUGGCAUUAUUAUCUAAUUAUACAAAUAUAACAAAUAAUUUAAAAACUUUUCUUAUUUCUUUUUUAUUAUUAGAAAGUCUACAAAUAUGUGCUUUUGUAUCUUUAGAUCUAUUAUUAUUUUAUAUAUUUUUUGAAAGUGUGUUACCUAUAUUAUUUAUUAUAAUUGUGUUAUUUGGACAUGGGAAUGAUAGAUUUAGAUCUGCAUUAUUAUUAUUUUUAUAUACUUUAGCUGGUAGUUUACCUAUAUUUCAAUUAAUUUCUUUAUAUGAAAUAAGUUUAGAGAGUCAAAAAAUAUUAUGGUUAGGAUUCUUUAUAGCUUUUGCAGUUAAAACUCCAUUAUAUCCUUUUAUAAUUUGGUUACCAAAAGCUCAUGCAGAUUCCCCUCUAGCAGGAUCAAUAAUACUAGCAGCUACUAUACUAAAACUAGCUACUUAUGGUUAUCUUAGAGUAUUAAUUAAUUUUUUACCUGAUGCUACAAAUUAUUUUAAUCCUUUAGUUCAAACUAUUGCAGUAAUAGCUAUAAUUUAUGCUAGUUUUUCUACAAUAAUCCAACAAGAUACUAAAAGAUUAAUUGCUUAUAGUAGUAUUAGUCACAUGGGUGUAGUAGUUUUAGGUUUAUUUUCUAAUACUAUUCAAGGUAUUGAAGGUGCUAUUUUAUUAGCUUUAGCUCAUGGUUUUGUAUCACCUGCUCUAUUUAUUUGUGUAGGAGGUAUAAUCUAUGAUAGAACAGGAAAAAGAAUUAUUAAUUAUAUUAGAGGUUUAGCUACUUAUAUGCCAGUAUUUACUAUUAUUUUCUUUAUUUUUACUUUAUGUAAUACAGGUAUUCCUUUAAGUCUUAAUUUCUUAGGUGAACAAUUAUCUUUAAUUGGUAUUUGGCAACAAAACCCUAUAAUUGCUUCUUUAGGUGCUACUGGAAUAGUAUUAUCUGCUUGUUAUUCUAUUUUCUUAUAUAAUAGAUUAUCUUAUGGGGAUUAUUCUCCACAUAUGCAACCUGUAAAAGAUAUUACUAGAAGAGAAUAUUAUUUAUUAAUUAGUUUAUUAAUCCCUACAAUCGCUUUCGGUAUUUUACCUAAUGUUUUAUUAACUUCUCUUCAUACUUCAGUUUCUGCUUUAUUAUAUGCUUGUUAA